GAAUCCGAAGGAAAGAAUUAUGGUCAGAUUUGCCAAAUGGAGGACAGACAGCCAUAUAGAAAAAUGUCUUCAGAUAUGGAUGGGACCAUGCUCCUGGGGGUGGAAGGCAUUAAGAAAACCAUCCUGUAUGGAGGGACAGCUGAGAUGCCCCGGUUCAUUACUGGGACCAAGGUGACCUUCCAUUUCCGUACCCAGCUGUGUGAUGAUGAUCGUACGGUGAUAGACGACAGUAAGGUGACGGGCGUGCCAAUGGAGGUGGUGAUCGGGAACAUGUUCAAGCUGGAGAUCUGGGAGACCCUGCUCACCUCCAUGAGGAUCGGAGAGGUGGCCGAGUUCUGGUGCGAUGUCACCCACACUGGUCUCUACCCCCUGGUGGCCAAGAGCUUGCGGCGCAUCGCGGAGGGCAAGGACCCUGUGGACUGGCACAUCCAUUCGUGUGGCAUGGCCAACAUGUUUGCCUACCACACCCUGGGCUAUGAUGACCUGGACCAGCUACAGAAGGAGCCUCAGCCUCUCUACUUUGUACUGGAACUGGUCAAGGUGCAGCAGCCCAGUGAGUAUGACAGGGAGUCGUGGGCUCUGAAUGAUGAGGAGAGACUGAAGGCUGUGCCCUUGCUCCACGGCCAGGGGAACAAGCUCUACAAACUGGGGCGCUACCAGGACGCCACCAACAAAUACAAAGAGGCCAUAGUCUGCAUCAAGAACAUACAGCACAAGGAGAAAGCAUGGGAAGCCCCCUGGCUGAAGCUAGAGAAGAUGGGGAACAUGCUGACUCUCAACUACUGCCAGUGUCUGCUCCGUAUGGAGGAGUACUAUGAGGUCAUAGAGCAUACCAGUGACAUCAUCAAUCAGCACCCAGGUGAAAUGAAGGCGUUCUACGUGCGAGGGAAGGCCCACAUUGAGGUGUGGAACGAAGCUGAGGCGCGGGCUGACUUUGAGAGGGUUCUAGAUCUGGACCCUGGCAUGAAGAAGGCUGUUAAGAGGGACCUGGGUGUCCUCAAUAUGAGGAUGGAGGAGAAGAAUGAGGAGGAUAAAGUCAAGUACAAGGGCAUGUUCUGACAUGGCCCAGGAGAUAUGCAGAUAUGGAGGGGGAGGGUCAAAGUUAAAGUGGACAGCACAGAUGGUGCUUGUGGAGGAAGAGAGGAGAGAUGGGCAAAGCAAGAGAGAGAGAGAGAGAGAGAGAGAGAGAGAAAAUGUAUCCUAGAUCAUUGUUACUUAUUUAUCUAUGUUUUUCCUGGAACAUUGUUUGGUGGUCAAUCCAUUUGGGUAGAACAUGUAUCCAUUAUGUCUGACUUGAAUGGUUGAAGCCCAACAAGUACUGCAUCUAGUCAUAAAAUGCAAAUAAAUCUUGGUGUAGAUUAUGUACUCAUCAGAUAUUGAA